AUAAUAGGGUCUGCAUUCCAUUUCAUUUGAUUUUAUUUUCAUUUCAGACCAAAGAGAAAAACUAACAGAGACAGUCCACAUCUCUGAGAGAGUCUCUCGGAGAGAAUCACCAAAGAAUUUGACUCCCAUCUCCGGUAAUCCUCAAAGAUAAAAAUAAGUGAUGGCAGAAGCAGAGGAUAUCCAGCCCCUCGUUUGCGACAAUGGAACUGGAAUGGUCAAGGCUGGAUUUGCUGGGGAUGAUGCCCCAAGAGCCGUCUUCCCUAGUAUAGUGGGGCGCCCUCGUCACACUGGGGUCAUGGUUGGUAUGGGCCAGAAAGAUGCUUAUGUUGGUGAUGAGGCUCAGUCCAAGAGAGGUAUUUUGACCCUCAAGUAUCCGAUUGAGCAUGGUAUUGUCAGCAACUGGGAUGAUAUGGAGAAGAUUUGGCAUCAUACCUUCUACAACGAGCUUCGUGUUGCCCCAGAAGAGCACCCAAUCCUCUUGACUGAGGCCCCUCUCAACCCAAAGGCCAAUCGUGAAAAGAUGACCCAGAUCAUGUUUGAGACCUUCAACACUCCUGCUAUGUAUGUUGCCAUUCAGGCAGUUCUCUCUCUCUAUGCCAGUGGACGUACAACGGGUAUUGUUCUCGACUCUGGGGAUGGUGUCAGCCACACAGUCCCGAUCUACGAAGGUUAUGCUCUCCCCCAUGCAAUCCUGCGUCUUGACUUGGCUGGCCGUGAUCUCACCGACAGCCUCAUGAAGAUCCUCACAGAACGUGGCUACAUGUUCACGACUACAGCAGAGCGGGAAAUUGUGAGGGACAUUAAGGAGAAACUUGCCUACAUUGCUCUCGACUAUGAACAAGAGCUCGAAACUGCAAAGACGAGCUCUGCUGUGGAGAAGAACUACGAGCUGCCUGAUGGACAGGUGAUCACCAUCGGAGCAGAAAGGUUCAGAUGCCCCGAGGUCCUCUUCCAGCCCUCAAUGAUCGGAAUGGAAGCUGCUGGUAUUCAUGAAACCACGUACAACUCCAUCAUGAAGUGUGAUGUUGAUAUCAGGAAGGAUCUGUAUGGAAACAUCGUCCUCAGUGGUGGCUCCACCAUGUUCCCGGGCAUUGCUGACCGUAUGAGCAAGGAGAUCACAGCCCUUGCCCCGAGCAGCAUGAAGAUCAAGGUGGUGGCUCCACCAGAGAGGAAAUACAGUGUCUGGAUCGGAGGCUCCAUCCUGGCUUCUCUCAGCACCUUCCAGCAGAUGUGGAUUUCCAAGUCCGAAUAUGAUGAGUCCGGCCCAUCAAUCGUGCACAGAAAAUGCUUCUAAACCCACCCCACAAGGUGCCUUGAAAGAGGAUUCGUAAGAUUGUUGAUGCUUUGCUAUUUUUUCCCUUUUUUCCUUUUUCCUUUUUCCUUUUAUCCGAGUCUUUACUAUUAUUAUGAUUUGAAAAAAUUUACAAAAUCAUUUUCAAAAUUUCCCUCUUCCAAUAUUACUUUGUAGAAGAGUUGUGUAUUAUCACUCAAUGGUAUUAUGGUUUGAGUUGGCAGAUGUUUCAUAGUAGUAAUUAUCAUAUGUGUUUGUUGAUUAGUAGUGAUCUGCUGUAAUUUUUAUAAGUUUGUAAUACCAGACUGAAACUUAGGGAUUUUUGCUUCA